AGAAAAUCGACAACUUGACUGUCGCUUCUGGACCAGGCCGAACUCACCACAACAGUUGCUGCCUAAAUCGGGUCAAGACUGGGCAAAGCCUGAAUUCUGAGCGGCGUGUUCAGCUGACGAAGUUUCUCAUCUUUUGACUAUUGCAGCCACAUUACCACAUCACUCGGUAUAAUGGCCGACAUCCAAGCCAAGCUGCAAACUCUCUCUGAGGAGUUCACCAAACUCCAACAAGACCUCCAAGACGCAGUUCAGUCGAGACAAAGGCUUGAAGCCCAGAAACAGGAGAAUCUGGGAGUUCAAAAGGAGUUCGUCAAGUUAAAGGAAGGCGAGACCAUCUACAAGCUUAUCGGCCCUGUGCUACUUAAGCAGGAGAAGACCGAGGCUGAGAGCACCGUCAAGGGGCGGUUAGAGUUCAUCGACAAGGAGAUCUCUCGGCUGGAGAAACAUAUUAAGGAGACGCAAGGCAAGAUCGAGAAGAAGAAGGGCGAUAUCAUCCAGGCGCAGACCAGCGCUCAAGCUGCGGGAGCACAGGCGGCCAAUGCCUAAUGAUAGGGUGGCCUCGCCUCAGCGUCGCCUCAGCCAGCCCGCUGACGGAACGAUGCGUUGAUAGAGCCACAGCUGGCUUAACGAUAA